AUGAGCCUUUGGGGUAAUCCAAUGAAAUCGCACACAUUCCGCCAGGCGUUUAACAUCAAGCAUCUAAGCUACAAUAAUAAGCGCGACGGCAUCCUUUCGGAGCCGGUUAUCACAAUCAACCCUUUGUGGGGGCAACACAUUUCACACAUCACGAGUGGAUUUGGCGGCGGCGGUGGUUGGGGCGGUGGCAAAAAAGGUGGAGGAAAUGUUGGCGCUCUUUUCGCAGCUGGUCUUGGUGGCAGUGCGCUAGGUCUCAGCUAUGGAGUGCUCCUAGCGAAUCAGGGUAAGGGCAGUAAAGGCGGUGAUCAUCAUCACAUCUACAACUACGGUUUCGGAGGUGGGGGUAGCGGAGCUAGCGAUGUACAGGUGAUCAAUGCUGGCAGCGCCUACGGCGGCUAUGGCGGCUUCGGCACUGGAUACGGCGGUAUUGGCGGUACCUAUGGAGGAGAAAGCCACGGCAGGAAGUAG